UACGGACGUCACGCAGGACGCCGCUGCCCUGACGCUCCGCCUUUGCAUCCCCCACUGAGCCCUUAGUAGCUGGCGUUGGCCCUCAGUGGGGAAGCAGGCUUUUUCCCUUCGGAGGCCAGGGGUCCCGCAGCCUCUAUCCUACCUGGCCUGGCCUGGCGCUGCCCAGCGCGUCCGUGCCUCCGUCAUGGAUCUGAAUUUAAACCGAGCGGAUUAUUUACAGGUGGGAGUGACCUCUCAGAAGACUAUGAAGCUGCUUCCUGCUUCAAGAUAUAGAGCCACACAAAAGGUGGUUGUUGGAGAUCAUGAUGGAGUAGUUAUGUGCAUUGGCAUGAAGAAAGGAGAAGCAGUGACAGUCUUCAAGACUUUACCUGGGCAGAAGAUUGCCAGAUUGGAACUAGGAGGGGUUCUUAACACGCCCCAGGAGAAAAUUUUUAUUGCUGCAGGAUCUGAAAUUAGAGGCUUCACAAAGAGAGGAAAACAGUUUCUCUCUUUUGAAACAAACCUCACUGAAAGCAUUAAAGCUAUGCACAUAUCUGGCUCAGACCUUUUUCUCAGUGCAAGUUAUAUCUAUAACCAUUAUUGUGACUGCAAAGACCAACAUUAUUACCUUUCUGGAGACAAAAUCAAUGACGUCAUCUGCCUUCCAGUGGAAAGAGUACUUCGUGAUGUACCGGUGUUGGCCUGCCAGGACAGAGUACUCAGAGUUUUACAGGGAUCUGAUGUGAUGUAUGAAAUUGAAGUUCCUGGCCCACCUACUGUUUUAGCCCUACACAAUGGAAAUGGCGGUGACUCUGGAGAAGACCUUUUGUUUGGAACGUCAGAUGGAAAACUUGGGCUUAUUCAGAUCACUACAUCCAAACCAAUACACAAGUGGGAAAUUCGAAAUGAGAAAAAGAGGGGAGGUAUUUUGUGUAUUGACAGCUUUGACAUUGUGGGUGAUGGGGUUAAAGAUUUACUUGUUGGAAGAGAUGAUGGAAUGGUGGAAGUGUAUAGUUUUGAUAAUGCAAAUGAGCCUGUUCUACGAUUUGAUCAGACGUUGUCUGAGAGUGUCACAUCUAUCCAGGGUGGUUGUGUAGGGAAAGAUGGCUAUGAUGAAAUCGUGGUAUCCACAUAUUCAGGCUGGGUUACAGGUCUGACGACAGAGCCUAUUCACAAGGAAAGUGGACCGGGAGAAGAACUAAAAAUUAAUCAGGAGAUGCAGAAUAAAAUUUCUUCGUUACGGAGUGAGUUGGAACAUCUGCAAUAUAAGGUACUACAGGAAAGAGAGAAAUAUCAACAGUCUUCUCAAUCAAGCAAAGCAAAAUCAGCAGUACCUUCAUUUAGUGUAAAUGACAAGUUUACAUUAAAUAAAGAUGAUGCCAGCUACAGCCUUAUCUUAGAGGUUCAGACGGCGAUAGAUAAUGUCUUAAUACAAAGUGAUGUUCCAAUAGAUUUACUAGAUGUGGAUAAAAAUUCUGCUGUUGUCAGCUUUAGCAGCUGUGAUUCUGAGUCAAAUGACAACUUUCUUCUCGCCACUUAUCGGUGCCAGGCAAAUACCACGAGGCUGGAACUAAAGAUUCGCUCAAUUGAAGGCCAGUAUGGGACACUUCAAGCAUAUGUGACUCCAAGAAUUCAACCCAAAACAUGUCAGGUCCGCCAGUACCUUAUCAAACCCCUUUCACUCCAUCAAAGAACUCACUUUAUUGAUCAUGACAGACCCAUGAAUACACUGACUUUGACAGGCCAGUUCAGUUUUGCGGAACUUCACUCCUGGGUGGUUUUUUGCCUGCCUGAAGUUCCUGAAAAACCUCCAGCAGGAGAAUGUGUGACAUUUUACUUUCAGAACACCUUCCUGGAUACACAACUUGAAAGUACCUACAGAAAAGGUGAAGGAGUUUUUAAAUCUGACAACAUUUCUACUAUAUCCAUCCUAAAAGAUGUGCUCUCUAAAGAAGCUACAAAAAGGAAAAUUAACCUCAACAUAUUAUACGAGAUAAAUGAAGUAUCAGUCAAACACACAUUAAAGCUAAUCCACCCAAAGCUGGAGUACCAGUUGCUUUUGGCUAAGAAAGUGCAAUUAAUUGAUGCUUUAAAAGAAUUGCAGGUUCAUGAGGGAAACACAAACUUUCUGAUACCAGAAUAUCGCUGUAUCCUAGAAGAGGCAGAUCACCUACAGGAAGAAUACAAAAAGCAACCUGCACAUCUUGAAAGACUCUAUGGCAUGAUCACCGAUCUUUUCAUAGAUAAGUUCAAAUUCAAAGGCACCAAUGUAAAAACCAAAGUGCCUCUUUUACUGGAGAUUCUGGACAGUUAUGACCAAAAUGCAUUGAUUGCUUUCUUUGAUGCUGCAUGAAAUAUAAAUAAGGUAAAGUUCCAAAGAAGUUGUAUGUUUAAAUUAAAAAUGUUAAAAUAGAAUUGCAAGCUAACUGUAUAUACUUUUAUUUCAAGUGCGUUUUUUAAUAUUAUCUAAAAAUAUAUG